GUUGUUGCUUCCCUCUGCUGCCGUCUCCCUGCGCCUUUAUUCCGCUCUAAAUCCCAUCGCCUCGCCCCUCCGCCGUGUCCUCGCUCCUCCACCGGCGCUCCCGGUGACGCUCCUCCGCCGUCGCGUCGCCCGGCGGAGUUCAUUCGGUGCUGUCCCAGCUGGUGAGUUGAUCCGAUCGGAGAUUUGCUGGGGAUUGGGUUCCAGACAAGAAGAUGGAGUCCUGAGCUCGCUCGCCUCUGUUUUCCCCCACUUCUUCGUAGAUCUCUUCUUGAGCAUGUUGACAUUUUUGUUGUGUAAUACUUUUGAGAUGCCACAUAAUCUGUAAUAAGAACAAUAGUAGGCUAUAUUAUAUUUUUGAAGGGAUGAAAGGGGGAAUCUUACAGAAAGUCAGAGGCUCUAAACUUUCUUUGGUACUUACUGCCCUCAUGUGCACAACCCUUGUUAUUUGGGCAUGGGAGAAAACACCAGCUCUAUCUGUUAUAUUUCCACCACUAGAACGAUUUGAUAUUCUUUCUCCAGUAGUUCCUGCCAAAACUUCUGCGACUUCCUCAGAUGAUACACAUCGGCUGGCAUCUGCAGAUAAGAAUUUGUCAGCUGCAGAUGAAAUGGAGAGUUCAUCAUCUAAUGAAACAGAGCCUGUUCUCAGUCUUCCAGCAAGCGAGUCUUCAGCCACAAGCACACCUAAUAAUUCAACAUCUGAUAAAGAUCUGAAAGAGAGUCCCAUGCAGGAGAAAGGUGAGUGUAAUUAUGCAAAAGGAAAAUGGGUUGCGGACACAAGACGACCUUUAUAUUCGGGUUCUGCUUGCAAGCAGUGGCUGUCAGGGAUGUGGGCAUGUAGGUUAAUGCAACGUACUGAUUUUUCGUAUGAGAAUUUUCGGUGGCAACCACAAGGUUGUGUGAUGCCAGAAUUCUCAAGGAGCGACUUUUUGAGAAGAAUGCAGAAUAAGACAAUUGCUCUGAUAGGAGAUUCUUUGGGAAGGCAGCAAUUCCAAUCUCUCAUGUGCAUGGUCACUGGUGGUGAAACAAGCCCAGAAGUGGAAGAUGUUGGAAAAGACUAUGGCCUCGUGAAAGCUCCUGGUGCCUUAAGACCUGAUGGUUGGGCUUAUCGGUUUCCAAGUACCAACACAACCAUUCUGUAUUAUUGGUCUGCAAGUUUAUGUGAACUGGAGCCUUUGAAUAAAUCAGACCCAGCUACCCAUUAUGCGUUGCAUCUUGACCGACCUGUAACAUUCUUAAAGCAGCAUCUUUGCAGGUUUGAUGUGUUGGUACUUAACACGGGGCACCACUGGAAUAGAGAGAAGUUCAGAGGAAACCGGUGGGAGAUGUAUGCUGGAGGGAUGCCAAUCACUGAUGGAGAGCUUGCAGACAUGAGGAACUUAAAAAAUCUCACUUUGCACAGUAUUGCUAAGUGGGUUGAUUCGCAGCUUUUGCAACAUCCACAGCUAAAAGCUUUUGUUAGGACAAUGUCCCCUAGGCAUUUUGUCAAUGGAGACUGGAACACCGGGGGAAGCUGUGACAACACUGUUCCAUUGGCUGGUGGAAGCGAGGUUUUACAAGAUCGUUCUAGCGAUCCUGUUGCUGAGGAUGCAAUCAAAGGAACAAGUGUUACGCUAUUGGAUAUUACAUCUUUGUCACAACUGAGAGACGAGGGACACAUAUCCAAAUACACUCUUAAGGCCUCAACAGGCAUGCAGGAUUGCUUGCAUUGGUGCCUUCCAGGUAUUCCUGAUACAUGGAACGAAAUACUUUAUGCACAAAUAUAGACGCAUCGAAAGGCAAACAUAGUAAAUAAGGUUUCUUUUAGAAGCUUUCGAUAGGAGAAUCAGGUUUAUUAUACAACUUCAGGGCAAAAGGAGCAUUGUGAAGCAGCACAGUUGAAUGAUUCCAGAACACCUUUUCUCCAUACGAGUCAUUAUUGCAAGCUCAAUGGUUCUUGUUGGAAGUCAUCCCCUUUCUCUCAAUGGACCUUUGAGCAACUUUCCUGGAUCUCCAAAGAAUCAAUAUCAGCAGGAAUAUCCAAAGUACAUGUCACUAUAUUAGGUUGUUUUUUGCCGAAGACAUAGUUGAGAACUAAAACAUCAGCCUUUUGUUGGCUGAGAGCACUCCAUAUCUGUUUGCAGAAAUUAUGGUUUUCAGAACACAGAUUAUGAAUCACCUGACAAUUCUAUGAAGAGUUUCUUGCCUUGAUCAUGUAACUCUUAACUGCUUGGUGAGAUUUUAGAGCCUAAUUCUUGUAAUUUUUUUUCCAAAAUAUUGAGUAAAUAACACCUUUUCUUUUCUUUG